GUGGGUGGCCUCAAGACCAACUUCUUCAUCAAUGGUCUCCUUGACCUCGUCCGCCCUGCAGGGAAGGCACCCCCAACCUGCACUUUGUGCCCACUCAUCGGCCAGGAGGCCGCCCAGCCUGCUGCCUCACGUUGCCUGGACUGUGCGGAUGACAUGUGUCGGUCGUGCGCCCGCGGCCACCGCUGCUCCCGGCUAACCCACACGCACCGGGUGGUGGAUAUGGAGGGCUACCUCUCGGGCCGCUACGACCAGGAGAUCCGGGAGCGCCAGGCUGCCCAGUGCAAGGAGCACCCAGGGGAAGCGCUGCGGUUCUUCUGCACCCCCUGUGCAGCCCCCCUUUGCCGGGAGUGCCGCCUCGGCCCACACCUGCAGCAUCCGUGCCGGACCUUGGCCGAAGCAGCCGAGGAGAGCCGCCCAGUGGUCGAAGGGCUCUUGGUGGGAGUGGAAGAUGCGGUGGGACGCCUGGCCCAGAGGAGGGCCAGCCUGGAGGCAGCAGCGGAGGCGCUGGAGGCGCGUCAGGCCAGGAUCCGGGCCCAGGUGGAGCAGGCCUGCGCUCAGGCGGUGGAGCGGCUGCUGGUCCACCAGAAGGAGGUGCUGGCCCGGCUUUCGGACUUCAUGGAGGAGCGGAGGAAGGCCUGGGCAGCGCAGCAGUCGGAGCUGGAGCUGCAGGAGCAGGUGGCAUCCAGCAUGGCGACCUUUGCCCGGAGGGUCUUGAUCCUGGGUCGGGAGGCAGAAGUCCUCUCCCUGGAGCAGAUGAUCUCAGAGCGGCUGAAAGGGCUGCAGGGGGGCUUCUCCUGGGAACCUCCAAGCCCCCGGCUGCCCCGGCUGGAGAUCCAACCGGAGCUGGAGGGCAGCCAUAACCCCUUCUGCCUGGAAUUCCUGGAGGCAAAAGAGGAGGAGGAGGAGGAGAAGGAGGAAGGACAGGAAGAAGAGGAGGCCAGCAGAUCAGCAAAGAAGAGAAGGAAGAAGAAGCCACAGCAGCAGCAGGCCCAGAGCGGGGAAGAGGGCCUCAGGACCCCCUGCCAAGAGAAGCUCCCCAGCGAACAGACUGCCCCCCCCCCCCAGGAAGCCCCCGCACCCCCCCCCGCCCCGGAUCCCCCCCAGCUCAGCCCCAGGCCCCUCUUCUCCUGCAGCUUCUGGGUGAAGAUCCCCACAGACAAGCGGCGGCCCCAGGUGACCGGCCUCUGCCCCUUUGGCUCUGGGGAGCUGCUGGUGGCCGACGAACAGAACCGGCGGCUGAAGCGCUUUUCCCUUCAAGGGGGGGAGUUUAAGGGGACUGUGCCGGUGCCUGGAGACGUGGCCCCCUUCAGCGUGGCUGCCCUGGGCACCAAAGUGGCCUUCACGGCUGGUUCAGAGCUCUACCUCCUGGAUGGGAAGGGCGGCCUGGCAUGGAAGAAGGCCCUCCAGAGGGGGCAGGCGAGCCAUGCUGUGGUAUCUGUGGGGGGCGACCGCCUGGCGGUGAGCGUGGCCGGACACCUGGAAGUCUAUGAUCUGGAAGGGCGGCUGGUGGAGAAGGUCUGGCCAGAGGGCACAGCUGAGCGCUGCCUGGUCUUCCUAGCUGGGCGCAAGGGGGGCUUUGCAGGGUCUGACUGGUACCGACGCAGCGUGGUGCUCUUCACGGAGAGCGGGGAAAUGGUGACCGAGUGCCGGGAGGAGAAGCUGGGGGGGUGCCAUCCGGGGGCCGUGUGUGCUGACCCCCUGGGCAUUGUCUAUGUGGUCUUGCGGGAGCUGAAUAAGGUGGUGGCACUUUCUCCGGCUGGAGAGGUGCUGGGGACCUUCCUGGCAGCUGAAAAUGGCAUUGACCGGCCCCGGGUGGCCACUGUGGCCAGGGAAGGGCGCUUUGUGGUGGCCCUGAGCAAUGGGACCAUCCAUGUCUUUAAGAUUAGGUAUCAGGGCAAGUGAACCCAGUGGGUGCAGCACAGAAUGCUGGUGGGGGGGGGGGGGAGAAAGGGGUUGUUUGGGAGGGGAAUCCAUGAGAGUGGACAUUGGCCAAAGUGUGUGUUUGUGGAGGUUGGAUUUGUGUGUUUGAGCCCUAAGGAAAAGGAAGGGGAGGCUGAAUACAUCAAAGGGUAAGGAGGGGGCAAUGCUUGCUGCCUUUCCUCUUCAGAUGCCCCUCAGGUCUGCCCCCCCCCCCCCAGCUACACAACCUCCUCCAGAGAAAUGCUAAGGAUCAGGACAGUUUGAGGAUAUGAGAGGCCACCUUCUUCCCUGAAAACCUUUAUGGGCAGGACACAA